AUGGAAAUGGCAAAUUAUAUGACAUUGAACGAUGGAAACAGAAUUCCUUUGGUAGCCCUAGGAACAUCAAGGAUUCCAGAUGAAAAAUUAGAAGGUUGUGUAAAGAUAGCCCUAGACAUGGGUUACCGACACAUAGAUACAGCAUUCCAUUAUGGAAACGAGAGGGCUAUUGGGAAAGCACUCCGCGAAUAUAUGGAAAACAGCAACCUGAAGAGGGAAGAUGUGUACAUCACCACAAAACUGGAUUCAAGUUACAUGGAAGAGAAUGCUGUGGUACCAGCGUUAGACGAAAGUCUGAGGAGAUUGGACCUGGAAUAUGUCGACCUUUUCCUUAUUCAUGGUCCUUGUGCUUUGCAGACGCUGCAUCACUUUCCUGAAAAAUCACCUCUUGUCUCGGAAUUUAUGCCCGUUGAUCUGAGGGAAACAUGGAAGGGCAUGGAAGCGACAGUGCUUAAUGGCAAGGCUAGGUCAAUCGGUGUAUCCAAUUUCAAUUCCAAACAGUUGGAAUACAUUUGUGAGACAGCUCGCAUUCAACCAGCCGUCAAUCAGGUUGAAGUUCACGCCCGAUUCCCACAAAAGAAACUGCAUGAUUUUUGUAAAUCUAGAAAUAUUCAACUCGAAGCGUAUUGUCCUUUAGGAUCGCCAUUUUUCAAAGGAUCAGGACUUGUCAACGCAAUCCAGUCAUCUGAUAACUUAGUAGAACAUCCCGUUAUUGCAAAGUUCGCCGCGAAAUAUAGACGUACACCAGGACAAAUUCUUCUUCGGAACAUUGUUCAAAGAGGCAUAGUCGUGAUUCCGAAGUCUGAAAAUCCGAGAAGGAUUAAAGAAAAUAUACAAAUUUUCUCAUUUUCUCUGAGCGAGGAAGAUAUGAAAAAGAUAGACGAACUUGACAACGGAGUGCGUCGAUUCAAGCUUUCAUACUACGAUGGACACCCAGAUUAUCCCUUCCAUACAGACUUUUGA